GGGGCGGCCACGCCGCUCUGCCUGAAGGUCGCUGGGAACCUCCGCCCUUCACCUUCCUCGGAAAUCCGCCGCCGCGUGUGAACCCUCCCCGCCCAGCCCUCGCUGACGGAGGCCACCUUUUCCCCGCCGCGGCAGCCAGACCUUGACACAAAGGACAUCACACGGCCGGGGGAAUCCCGGAAGGGCGGACACCUGGUCCCCUUUUGCCACUUUUCCCUUUAUUGCCCAAGAUAUUUAUUGAGUGCCUACUGUGCGCCAGGCACUGUAUCUAUGUGGGUAGAAAGGCCCUGGAAGGUCAUCUAUGUAUACAGUGAUCAUCUCUGUGUGCUGACAUAACAGGUCUGUCAAGCUUAUAUUUUUGCUGCUAUCCGUUUUUAAUACACUCAGAACAGAACUUGGACGAAUUUUUUUGACUCCGGAUACUUUGUAAACAUGAUGCAUUUCAAAAGUGGACUCGAAUUAACGGAGUUGCAGAACAUGACAGUGCCCGAGGACGAUAACAUUAGCAACGAUUCCAAUGAUUUCACUGAAGUAGAAAAUGGUCAAAUAAAUAGCAAGUUUAUUUCUGACCGCGAGAGUAGAAGAAGUCUCACUAACAGCCAUUUGGAAAAAAAGAAAUGUGAUGAAUAUAUUCCAGGAACAACCUCCUUGGGCAUGUCUGUGUUUAACCUCAGCAACGCCAUUAUGGGCAGUGGGAUUUUGGGACUCGCCUUUGCCCUGGCAAACACCGGAAUCCUACUUUUUCUGAUACUUUUGACUUCCGUGACACUGCUAUCUAUAUAUUCAAUAAACCUUCUUUUGAUCUGUUCCAAGGAAACAGGCUGCAUGGUUUAUGAAAAGCUGGGAGAACAGGUCUUUGGCACCACAGGGAAGCUCGUAAUCUUUGGAGCCACCUCUCUACAGAACACUGGAGCAAUGCUGAGCUACCUCUUCAUAGUCAAAAAUGAGCUGCCCUCCGCCAUAAAGUUUCUUAUGGGAGAGGAAGAGGCAUUUUCAGCCUGGUAUGUGGAUGGCCGCGUGCUGGUGGUCGUCGUUACCUUUGGCAUAAUCCUCCCUCUGUGUCUUUUGAAGAACUUAGGGUAUCUUGGCUAUACUAGUGGAUUUUCUUUGAGCUGUAUGGUUUUUUUCCUAAUAGUGGUAAUCUACAAGAAAUUUCAAAUUCCCUGCACCGUUCCAGAGCUAAAUUCAACAAUAAGUGCUAAUUUAACAAACUCUGACAUGUGUACACCAAAAUAUGUUACCUUCAAUUCAAAGACCGUGUAUGCUUUACCGACUAUUGCGUUUGCUUUUGUCUGCCACCCAUCAGUCCUGCCAAUUUACAGUGAGCUUAAAGAUCGAUCACAGAAAAAAAUGCAGAUGGUGUCCAAUAUCUCCUUUUUCGCCAUGUUUGUUAUGUACUUCUUGACUGCCAUUUUUGGCUACUUGACAUUCUACGAAAACGUGCAGUCAGACCUCCUUCACAAGUACCAGAGUAAAGAUGACAUUCUCAUCCUGACCGUGCGGCUGGCUGUCAUUGUUGCUGUCAUCCUCACGGUGCCCGUGUUGUUCUUCACGGUUCGUUCGUCUUUAUUUGAACUGGCUAAGAAAACGAAGUUUAAUUUGUGCCGUCAUAUCGUGGUUACCUUCAUACUCUUGGUUAUUAUCAACUUGUUGGUGAUCUUUAUACCCUCCAUGAAGGAUAUUUUUGGGGUCGUAGGAGUCACAUCUGCUAAUAUGCUUAUUUUCAUUCUUCCUUCAUCUCUUUAUUUAAAAAUCACAAGCCAGGAUGGAGAUAAAGGAACUCAAAGAAUUUGGGCUGCCCUUUUCUUGGUCCUGGGGGUGUUGUUCUCCCUGGUCAGCAUUCCCUUGGUCAUCUACGACUGGGCCUGCUCAUCAAGUAGUGACGAAGGCCACUGAGACCAGCUGAGGACAGGAAACAUUCCAGCCCGUGGCUCGGUCACGUCACCACACAUCAGCAAUCUAUCAUCACUUCUUUUGCAAGUUUACAGAAGCAAAACAGGAAUUCACAGGAUACUUAAAAUGGAAUAACACUUCGGUAGCAAAACAGAAACCUGUUUCUAUAAUAGUUCCUGUCCCUCUAAGAGUUGGGAUCAGUUUAAGGAUUGUGGAUUUUUUUAAGUUUCAUGCAAUUGUAUUUCUCAGUACCCUUCACAAUCAGUUAUUUUUCACUCUCCUAACUCUAUUAUUUUUUUUGUGUGUGUGGUUUCACGGUCCUUUAGAACUCUGGAAACAUAAUCAUCGAUCAUGUUUAUUUAUUAUGCGUCCAGGUUCUGAAAUCAUUUUCUUGCUGGUGUUCCACUCACACCAUCGGUAUCUUUUUAGAAGAGAAAAGAAUCUUGAAUUGUAUAUAGUUAUUUUGCUUUACAGAAAAAAAAAAAAAACGGUUUCAUAAAUAUUUUGCCUACUUUGGUUACCAUAGCACACAGGGGAUCAUCAUAAGAGAGUGACAGGGUGUGUGCCGUUGCUGGGUCAGAACCUGCCCAAGAUUUGAGGGGAGCCCUGAUCUCCUGGCAGCCAGGCUCUGGCGGUCCAGUGGCCUCACUAGUACCACACCCUGCCUCCUGGGGAGACCUUCUCCGAUGAGUGUUCUUAGCUGGGAAGGGGAUGAGAAUGAUUUCUUACCUUGGUAAACAUCUCAAACUACACAUUUGGGUUAUCUAGCAAAUGAAGUUUUGUUUCCCUCUUGGCCAGUCAUGUUGAAGUUACUCUAAUCUGAGUCACCUUCCACGGAGGGAGACCCGCACCACCUUGGUAAUAAACUGAGAACCACGAGUAUUGCAAAAAGAGCAUCCAAAAUGCCUAAGCAAAUAUUCCUCUGAUGCAAAGAGCCUUCAACCCUACACCUGGAUUGUUGAAGGGAGAAAAAAACACUUUCUUAAAUUAUAAACCCAGCAGCUUUUACUCAUGUCCACCAGCUUUUUGCACAGGGAAUAAUGUGUAUCCAACCAAGGGUGAUCUAGGAUAAGUAAUUCCUGUUUUAUAUUGGGUACUUUAGGGGGUCUUUAAAAGACUUGUUUUAUAUCUAUAAAUUUAGGUUAUUACAAAUACAAGAUUUUUGUACCUUAAAUAAGCCUCAUUCCUAUUUCUUCUCCAUCAAUAAUCCACUCAGAGUCUUGAAAAAAGAAAGAAAGAAAGAUAGAAAUCAAGCAAGCAAGCGAGCGAGCCCUCAGAGAUAGCCUUUGAGAAGAACUUGUGACAGAAUCAGUGUACCUUCCUUCCCUCAGACAGGGACUUUGGUGCCUGUGUUGUGUCCUCUUCUCAUCCCUAACCAAGGGGUGGGCCAUUACCGCCCACCCGACAUGACCCACACAGGAGGACAGAGCUGCCUCACACCCCUACUCCAGCCCCACUAUCUCCUAAAGGGGGUGGAAGGAAAUUACACAGAGUCUACAAGAGAGUUGGGGGUAAGACAUAGCUUGGAAAGUUGUGGGACCGCAAGGAAACCCAGAAUUACAUCCUCCUGAAGCUGGACCAUCACCUGUGAUUGGAUUGUCUCUAUCACACAGCAAGAAAUGUUGGUGCUCUCUGAGCUGGUCUUUUGAAACAGGACUUGUGUUUUAUUUAUAUUCUGGUUGAAUUUCUCAAACACAUAAGUUCACCAAGCACAGAUUUCUUAUCCAGAGAUAAGUAGACUCUAACCACAGACUCUUGGGAGGAAUUCCAAGCACUUAGCUCUGAGUUCUGUUCCUCCCUCACUAAAAUCCCUAAAGGCCUUUACUCACCAUCACUGGGAGUAACAAGGAGCUGCCCCUCCCUCUUUCAGACUAAUGUUCCAUAGAAAAGGCAGGCAUCUAAGCACCUUGUUGUGAUCCUCUUGGGGGAGAGGGAAAAGCUAUUUCCUGCAUUUCUUGGUAGGAUCAUUCAUAGCAUUUAAUGUAAUGGCUCCAGAAUUACAUCCACCUUAGGUCAGAGUUUCGGUAAUUAGAUAUGAAUACCUACCCAUACGUGAAUACUAACCUAGUAAAAUCCACAGCCACCUCUGUCCUUUUCAGCAAUGUCUUCCAUAUUGGAUGAACAGGGAGAGAAAUUAAGCAAAACAAGUCAGGUGGCCCCUCAGAGGCUUGUCUAGGGCACCGAGUAAUGAAAUAGCCAGGUAGUAGACGGACCCUCCAUUAAAAAAAAUAUAUACUUAGUUGAGCUUGCAAGCAAUAUUAUGCUACUUUCUAUUUUCCUCAUUAGUUUAUAACAAUUCAUUUGACACAAAGUCAACUUAGAAAAUUACCAUUAACUUUUGGGAUGGGUAGUGGUAUUUUUGGAUCUCUGGAUUUUAUGUGUCAGUACAGGGAAUUUUUAUUAUUAUUUAAAAUAUUUAUUUAGAGGAGGCACGUUGUUGUUGAUGUCUGUGAUACUGCAGAUUUUUAAACAUCUUUGUAUGUUUAUCUAAGUUUAUUUUUGACAGGAUAUAAUAGACCCUACUGUAAUUUGUCAAAUACCACGGAUUAAUUACAUCAUUUGUGUGGGAUUAGCUGUAAAGUGUACUGCAAUAAUUCUUCUUGUUCAGAAUAGUGAACUGGUAGCCAAAAAUACAUGUAUCACAGAUGUUAGGUAGAAUUUAAACAGCAGUCAAGUGCUAUAGAAGUUUUUCUGCUAAAUUAGUAGACUAAAGAAUAUUAUACCUUAGCCAUUGGGAGCAGCACGUUUUCCUUUGGUAGAUAGAACCUUAACACUAGUGAACAGUGCCAGUUUCAUAUUUUGGAUUUAGAACUGUUCUCUAGUUAUUAUAACACAAUAUGCCGUAAAUCCCUAAUUUACCUAAUGUUAUUUACUGGGAGUGGAGUAGGAAAGGGUGUACAGGAAAGAAAUCUAGUCUCGUUAAACACAGGCUGUCCCCAAUUUAUAAGCAGACCAUGUUGCAAAACCCUGUUAGGUGGUUGGUUGCAAGCUGGAAUGUAUUUUCCUCUAAAACCAGGUUAUACAUGGUGUUUAGGCCCCCAGAGCAACUAGGAAAGAUGAUGAGACCCAUCAUUCAGCAGAAUAGGAUAAUAUAACAUGAUGGCUAAAAAGCCUUAACAGCCAAAAAUAAUAUUAUUUUGAAGGAGUCUUUGUUCGGAGUUGCCAAGAGUAUGUCACUCCCGUUAGUGGAAUCUGGACUGCCCACGCCAGCUGCUGGACAGUGCGGGUAGGGUCACCACCGGUGAGCGGAGAUCAGCGGGGCCUGAAGCAGAGUCUCCAGCGAAGGAGGGGAAAAAGAAGUCCAGGGCCACCGGAGCGCCUGGUGGGAGGAGGAGGGGAAGGAGGAUGAGGAGCUUCUUGUGAGCCCCCCAGGGACAUUCCUCAGCUGGUAGCUUUUCUUUUGCCUGGAGGUCUCAGGCUUGGCCUGACUUUUCUGUUCAUAGGACCUGUUGCUCCUAUAGUUUGUCUCUUCCCCUGCCUGUUAGAGAACAGGAUGUUGCUGUCCCUGGAGCCAGCCCGCACACAGCACUUUGAAUGGGUUUCGUGCUAGUGAACCAUGGUUUAACUGUCUAGUAAUCAGGUCGGUGUAAGAAGGCUCCCCCCCCCCCGACUUUCCUUCUUUCUAUUUGCAGACCCUGUUGAGAAAGGCACCCUGGGUGUGGGGAGUGGGGGGGAUAGUCAAGGGGCUGGAGGUGGACAAGGGACUGGGAUAAGAUUCCUGUGUUUGAGAGACACACCAGAAAUGGCCCCACAGCUGACUUCCUUCCGGAGUUGGAUUCAAGCCUCUAAGCCCGUGGUCCUCACAGUGUGGUCCCCAGACUGGCGGCAGCAGCAUCACCCUGGGAUUUGUUGGAAUGCAGGGCUUGGGGUCCCAGCCCAGAACUAAGGAAAAAAGAAACUCUCGGGGCGGAAACCCUCAGCAGUCUUGGUUUGAACAAGCCCUCCGCCUGAUCUCGAUGCGCGAUUCGUGUGAGAACCGCUCCCGGUCCGUUCGUCCGUCAUUUCUUUUCUCCCCAUCAGUCCUACCUCAGAGUAUGGUUCCUCGGAAAUGCUGGUGCCGGUGCUCAGUCGUCAAGGAAGGCCGCCUGCCCUCGGGUCUGUCAGCCUGGGCUGAGGGGCACUCAGAUGACAUUGUGUGAGGCUGUGAAGAAAUGGAAGUCAAGUGUUUGUGUUUUUGCAGAGAAGGAAAAGAAAAUACCCUUUGUAAAGGCAGACUUAGAUGAACUACUGAAUUCGUGUCAGGAGUGAGCUCUCCACAGCGUUCUGGUGUGUCGUGUGAUGGGCCGCCUGUCCUCUUCAGGUGGAUUCUCUAGAAAGGUCUGUACCGCAUAAGCACCUACAAACUGCUCGGAAAGGGAUGGAGAGCUCGGCUCCAUUUCAGUAAAUCACAGUGCCGGAAGGCACAUGCAUCAGGGUGGGGAAGAGGUUGAGGACAUGAUCAGAUAUUUGAUCUGAGGGCUCAGAGCAAAAGCCACGCGUUUCCCUCAGUUUAUCCAGGUAAAUGGCUUGAGGCUUAGAAAGGGCAGAAGUUUGAAGAACAGAAUUCCUCCAUUUCACUUCACUGUCAACUUGUAGCCACUCUCAAAACAGAGAAGAUACAGACUGUGCCAUUUAGCAGUGCUAAUACAUGGUUUUCCUGAGCGAUGGCAAAGCUGGGGAUCCUUUAGCAACAGAACAUACUUCCUCCAAAAUGUACACAGGGAAUUUAUGAUGACAUAGGGCUUUCAGGUACAAAUUGGGAAUAGGGUGGCUAACAACUGAAAAAUAUCACUAAAUCAAAAAGGGAGAGUUCUUGAAAAUUGUAACAUUCACAAGGCUCGGUCAUUUUCCUUUAGGGUUUUCUCAGAGGAAGGGCUGCAAACUGGGCCCAUCUGUCUACAGGCUUGAAUUUGUGUUUUUAAAAGGAAGAAUCUAUGCAGCUGAGGUUUAUUGUAGGAAAUACUUCAUUUGUAUGUAAAUAUGUUGUAAAUAAAUAGGAGGCUGUAUAUUUUUGCAGUUGUGGAUCCACACUGAAAUAGAAGUCUGCAUAUCAAGAAUCUAGUAUUUGCAUAUCAAGAAUAAAUGUUGUUAUAGAUAUUAGUGGUUUUGUUUGGGAAUUAGAAAAAAUUUACCUUCUCGCCCAGGUAACAUCAUUCUCUCAGUGUAAACUUGGAAUCUAAAAAUCUUACUUAAUUGUUUAGAAAGCAAAAUGUCGGAGAAAUAGUUGCAUUGAUUUCUUAUACUGGUAUUAUGCUCCAUUAUUUAAGAGAUAAUCCUCUGAGCUACAAAUAAGGAAUAUUUAGACCCAAAUUAUUGUCAUAUAGAAAUAGAUACACCCAAAAUGACAAACUGUUUCUUCAUAAUGGUCUUAUACUGUUAACACUGAUACCACUACACAGUAUUUAUGAAAACAGAAGUGGGGGAGAAUUUCUUUCUUUUCAAAAUUAAGAUGAAUUGCUGCAUUUCCCAAAUGUUGGGAUCUUUGGCGGGGUGGGGGGGGGGACCAAACAUUAACUAUGAGCACAAAUUUGAAGGACAAAAGAAGACCAUUAUUUUAUCAAGCUUUUGAAAGUCUUGCAUGUUUGCCUUCCAUUUUCAGUGUUGACACCAACAUAAACCAUCUUAAGUCAUUUUUUCCCAAAACACUUGAAUCUUGACCAUUGGUACAUAACCCAGUCUCCAGAGUCUUUGUUGUAUUUUAGACUUCAUAUAGGUCCAGUAUGUGUAACACACCGCUUUUAUUCAUGUAAAAACUUGUAAAUGACUUUCAGAUGAGUGAUAGAAGUGAGUCACAAGUCACAAAACUUUGCUAUUCAUGGUUAAUCAAAUAGUUUAUUUUCCCCCCAGGAUAUGGUGUAAAUAAAGAAAUAUAAGAAAUUCUGUUCUAUAAUUGCUCUGUUAACAUAGUUUUUAAACAUUAAAAAUGUGAGCUAAAAGUA